AUAAUGGUCGACUUUACUGUAAGGGUAGAUUGUGUUGCUUCCCCAAGGAUCCACUGGAGGAUGUUGAGACCUGGGGCGAGUCUGUGGACAAGGUCCUCAGUUGUAAAGCCGGACAGAUAGCUUUCCGGGAGUUCCUGAAGUCCGAGUACAGUGAGGAGAACAUACUGUUUUGGCUCGCCUGUGAGGAGUACAAAAAAAUCAAGACGGUCCCAGAGAUGAUCUCCUCUGCCAAUCGGAUCUACUCAGAGUUCGUCCAAACAGAAGCGCCCAAACAGAUCAACAUAGACUGCGGUACCAGAGAAAACAUAACAAAGAACAUCUCCCAGCCGACCCUGACUUCGUUUGAUACAGCGCAGAAGCUCAUCUACAGUCUGAUGGCCAGGGAUUGCUACCCGCGCUUCCUUAAAUCUGACAUCUAUCAGGGACUCCUGAGGAGAACCGAUUCAAGGUGACUGUUUUAAAACUGGCAGCGUCUCACGAAAAAUCUUCUCUCCCGGCUCUGAUCUGCUGUAGCGCUCUUUGAUUUCAGUGUGGAUAACGGGUUUCAUGCCAUACAAUUGUAGCAGGAAUAGCUUCUUUUUUUUUUUUUUUUUUUUUUUUUUUUCUAAACCUGUGUGAUCCAGUAGACAGGCUUGUAUUAUACUUCAUCUCUUUAAUUAUGUUAAGAUUAAAAAAAAAUAUAUCCUUAAAGAGACUGUGCACAUAAUUCAUCUCUGAUUAUCUAUUCUCCCUCCUCCAUCCCAUGAAGUUAAUAAUGAAAAGGAUUUAUUCUAUUGUAAAGUAUUAUCAACGCUUUAUCUAAUUGAUUAUGCAAAUAUACAUCCUAAGUCUAUGAGAAA